AUGCCCGCGUACGGAACCCCGACAACGCCGUACGGGGCGGCACCUGCCCCUUACGGCGCGCCUCCAGCACUUCCUGUUGCCGCACAAUCUUCUUCCCCCGCUAGCGCGCCAGCCAACGCGCCACCUCCUGGGGGGUCACAACAACAUCCCGAACCGCCGCGUGUGUCCGCAGUGGGCCCGCAGGACCAGCAGCAGCAGCAGGCCGCCUCCCAAGCACCCGGUCAGGGCGGCAGUAGCAGCCAGCAGCGGCCAUCGUCUGCUUACCCCACCGUCGGCGCCACCUCCAACCCUGGACCCGCCACCGGGCCCACUCCCUCCGCCGACGCACUGACGCGACCCGCAACUGCUGCGCCGCAGACUCCAUCAGCGCCCCCCGCCUACGGCGCGCUGCCGUUCAACCCCCAAUCGCCAACGGCGCCCUACACGUACGGCCAACCGGCAGCGCGUCCCCCUGCUCCUGCUCCUGCGCCGUACAUGCUUCCGACCACCUACGCCCCUCCGGCGGGUCACGGCACUCGACGGCGCCGUGCCGUGUUGAUCGGCUGCUCUUACCCUGGCACCAGCUCCGCUCUGAACGGCUGUCUGAAUGACGUGCAGUGCAUUCAGUUUUGUCUUCAGAAGCGGUUCGGGUUCUCCGCUGAGCAGAUCGUGGUCCUCAGAGACGACCCCGGCCGCCACCCGGACUUCACGUCAACCAAGGCCAACAUAUACCGGGCAGUUCAGUGGCUGAUGAUGGACCAGCGGUACGGCGACUCGCUGUUCUUCCAUUUCAGUGGCCACGGCAGUCAGCAGUACGACCGUAACGGCGACGAGGAGGAUGGCUACGAUGAGACGAUAUGUCCCUCAGAUUUCAAGCGUGCGGGUCAGAUUGUGGAUGACGAGCUCAACCGGCUGAUGGUGCGGCCGCUGAUGCCCGGGGUGACACUGCACGCCGUCGUGGACGCCUGCCACAGCGGCACAGCUCUGGACCUGCCCUUCCGAGCCAAGGUGGACGGAGCAGGACGGUGGUACUGGAAGGGCCGGGCGCGGUACGACAAGGCAACUGCGGGAGGAACUGCCUUCCAGUUCGGUGCCUGCAAGGACUCCCAGGUGGCCCAGGACACCAAGCUGCUGAGCGGCAAUGCCUACACCGGCGCCGCCACGUUCUGUUUCAUACAGGCCAUUGAAAAGUACGGCAUCAACCAGACGUACGGCCAGAUCCUGAGCCACAUGAUGUCCACGCUGCGCGCCAGCACUGGCAGCCCGGGGCUCAAUCUGGGGACCACCGGUUCCCUCAUCGCGGGGAUGCUGCUGGGGCCCGCCGCCUCCGCGAUCUUCAGCUCGGGCGGCCAGACGCCGGUGCUGAGCUGCGACAAGCAAGUGGACCUCUACGCUACGAAGCUGUCGCUGUGA